AUCUUUGACAUACAAGUAAAAGACAUUUGUGACUUUUCAUAUAUUAGUUUCUCGAAAAAAAAAUACAUAAUUGAAACGGGAAUUUUUCAUUUGCAAUUUUUAUUUAUUUUAAUAAAUAUUUUUUGUGUUACAUUGAAUUCAGCGAGUAAAUAAAAUUAUUUUAAAGUGAAGCAAACAAAAAACUAUAUCCAUAAUCUGGUUGAUCUAAAAGAAUUUGGAAGAAAAGAAUAAUAUGUGCAUUUUGAAGGUGUGUGUGGUUGAGAAAAAAAAUUUUUUUUGGUGACGACCAGACAAAAGGCAAAAAAAUGAAAAGUGAAACGUAACAAAAAAUCGGAAAAAAUCGAAAAAUGUGUAAAUAUUUAAAAAAUCAAUUGCCAUAUUAUUGAUCUGUGUCAUCGAUGAGUGUGAUAAAGCGAGAUAAUGAAUAUAGUCGCCUGUAAUCGAAUGCCGUUUCAGGCGCCUUCUUGGACAGAAUUUUAUACCUGUCCUAUUUGUGAAAAUGAGUUUUCCACAAAUCAACGUUUACCAAUAAGUCUAGGUUGUGGUCAUACCAUAUGUCGUGUAUGUUUAGCUACCGUAUAUAAUCGUCAAUGUCCAUUCGAUCAGACAUAUAUAUCAACAGAUGUUGAUAAUUUACCUAUAAACAAUGCUUUAUUACAAAUACUUAACUCAGGGGAUGGUAAUGAUAAUGGAAAUGAAGCAUCUAAUAAUUCCACUGCUACUAAUGCAACAACUUCCAAUAAUAAUCACCAAAACAACAACAACAAUGCAAGUAUCACCUUCAACAACAUUAAUAACAACAACGGCAACAAUAAUAAAGCGAUUAGUGCGAAUAGUGAAAAUGAUUCGGCCACAGUUGAUUCGGAGAUGCCACCCAGUGUUCGUAACUUAAAGCCGGAAGAUUUGAAAAGUUAUAAAUAUUCAAAAAAAUGCAUCGAAGAACUUGCCCAGUAUCUCAAAUCCUUUGUUACAAAUAGCGGCUGCACUUUAUUAACACGUCCAAUGCUACGGAAAUUGGUCACUUUGGUCAAUUGCCAGCUGGUGGAAGAGGAGGGUCGUAUACGUGCGGUGCGAACAUCACGAUUUUUGGGCGAACGUACUGUCACUGAGCUGCUUUUACAACAUCAAAAUCCACAACAAUUAAGUUUAUGUCUGUGGGCUGCAGUGCGUUCUCGUGGCUGUCAAUUUCUGGGUCCAUCUAUGCAAGAAGAAGUGUUGAAAUUAGUUUUACAAGCCUUGGAAAAUGGUUCGGCUUUGUCGCGAAAAGUACUGGUCAUGUAUGUAGUCCAGCGUUUGGUUGAUAAAUUUCUACCAGCCUCCAAAACCAGUAUUGGUCAUGUUGUUCAAUUAUUGUAUCGUGCUAGUUGCUUUAAAGUAUCGAAGCGUGAUGGUGACUCAUCGUUGAUGCAGCUGAAAGAAGAAUUUCGCGAUUAUGAAGCCUUGCGGCGGGAGCAUGAUGCCCAAAUUGUGCAAAUUGCUACAGAAGCUGGUCUGCGUAUAGCACCAGACCAAUGGUCAUCGUUAUUAUAUGGAAAUACAUCCCAUAAGUCGCAUAUGCAGAGCAUAUGUGAUACUCUGCAAACCCCUUCAUCGUUUGCCCAAUCCAUACAGGAGUUGGUCUUAGCCUUGCAGCGCACGGGGGAUCCAACCAAUUUAUCUAAUCUACGGCCUCAUCUGAAGCACUUGGCUAGCAUAGAUUCAUCACUUGAAGGGCCUCCGCCAACGUGGGAUGAUGUCGAGAAGGCUUUAGAUGCUGUGCGUCACGUAGUGUUGGGCUUAGUUAAAUUCAUGCAAUUUCAAAGCAAUCGAAAAGUACAAGAUUACCCUGUACCCCCGGUCAACGCGAAUGGCAAGUACAAAAUUAGUUUGUGUCGCGAUUACACCGAAAGACGUAUGUGUCCUCGAGGUACGAAUUGUACGUUCGCACAUUCGGCUGAAGAACGUCAAAGAUACCGUGCAAAACAUCGUCGUACUGGUGGAACAGUUGAAAAGACCAUAACGCGGCCAACAACUGCAUCGUCAUCGGCUGGUGUAUCGGGCGCAAGUGGGUCAACGCAAACUUUGGAAAAUAUCAAAAAGGAAUAUUCACCAAAUCCAAACUCACAACAGAAUCAGUCAGUCAAUACCACGCACCAACAACACCACAACCAAACGUUGGGUCACUUGCAGCACACUAGUCCCGCAGAUAUGGUCAACUCGCCCAUCAAAGUUAAAACAUCUCCAAUGAGAAAAUACACCAAUAAUGAUAAUCCAAAUAAUGGCAAUUUAAUGCGUCCGAAUUUAAUGGAUGCAACAUUUGUUGGUGAUUUAUCGAAUACUACUUCACCACUACAUAUUCAAGGUUCAUUAAAUGCACUACACGCGAGUCCCAUUCCUCCUGGGCACAUGAUGGGCCUAAAUGCACCCACUCCCAUAAUAAAUGUGCCACCCUUGCAUCAGCAUCCUAUUUAUGAGAAUAUACCAUUUGGUUCGCUGAAUUUUGCGGGUGCAGGAGGAGGAGGGGGAGGUAAGUUUGUACGCAUGCCAAAUAUGGGCACAACUCUGCCGCCUCCACCUCACAUACGUCCACCCAAUUUAAGAGGACCCAUAAGUAAUACUGGCAGUGGGGGAGUACAAGGACUUUCGCCUAGAUCCUCAAUGCAUAACCCCAUAAACAUGACCACCGUUGUAAACCCACCGAAUUUACAGGGCACAAACUCCAAUAAACCGCCAUCGAGUCCUCUACAUAAAAACCUCUACAAUAACUCAAACGUAACAGGAGAUUUUUACAAUACUGUUCCUUCAUAUUUUGGCAAUCCUACACCCGAGCGACAAUUGCAGAAGCCCCAUAUUCCCCCUAAUCCAAAUCCUUUGUGGGACUCGCAACAACAUCAACAACAGCCGCCUCAGCAACAACAUCCACAGUGCCAAUCAUUGCUAAAGCCUUCAGAUUAUCCUCCCACAAACCAACAUCACCUUUUGUUUUUGCCACCGUCUGCCAAUCAGCAACCAUCGGAGUCCAACGUAUUUUUUGAUAAAAGUCCCAUGGACUUUAAUAAGACUCAGACAUCUAAUUUAGACGAUGCUACGCACCAUCUAAAUGACAACUUUAUGUUUAAAACAACACCAAACAAUUACUUAGAACCUGCAAGUGGUGUUGGUCAUCCUUUAAAAGAUUUAAACAAAAAGUCCAAAGUAGCGUUUCUUCAUGAAAAGCAAAACAUGUUUUGGCACGCAAAUAAUUUGCAAAAUAAUUCAAAUUAUCAUAAUUCAGUAACAUUGAUGAACAACAACAGCGGUAAUCCCAAUAGUAAUAGCAAUAAUAAUAACAAUAAUAUGAAUAUGAAUAAUGGAGCAGUUAAUAUUGAACCGGCAUCGUCCUCGUCCCUAUUUCGCGAUCGGGAAAGUUUUGUUCGCUCCGACUCAAUACUGGAUGAUGAUGCAGCUACUUUUGAUGUACCACCCACAUCAACGGCUGCACUAGGCAAUAAAUACGGUCCCAUUUGUCCCAUGUACAAAGGCCUUAACUCCUCAACAUCACCUAAUAGCACAACCAAUUCAUUUGUUGGUUCUUGGAACGCAUUAAUUUCCCAAGAGAAUGAGAAACAGUGUAGUACGUCUAAUAAUCCAAAGGAUUUAUCAGUAUUCUCACUGAACAAUGACAAUGCAUUAAAUAUGGAAUUCGAAAGACAUUUGACAAAUUCAUCCGACUUGACUGUUCCUGCCAUUGUUGCUUCAUCUCAGACCUCAACAGCAUUUGAUAACUUUAAUAGCAUGGAAGCUGCCCUUUCAAAUCUAUCGUUGAAUUUUCCCAAUGAUUCUAGAAGUGAUCAACAACAACAGCAUCACCAGCAGCAAUUAACACAUUUCGAGUUUGAUCCUUUGGAACAUAUUUUGGGUGUAAACAAUUUUCAAGCAGAUAUGGGAAAGAACGACGAAUUACUUUGGAAUAAUUCCGGCGUUAACAACAACAACAGCUCAAAACAGUCAACAAUGAAUUUAGGAUUAAAUAGCUUUUGGAGUGAUAGUAAUACAACAGCUGCCUCAACUGUAACACAACCCUCAACUACAGCUCUAAUGAAUAAUAAUCUACAAUUAAGCCAACAUCAGCAACAACAGCGCUUGUCACACAAACUAGAUGACACCGAAUUGGAUAUCACCGAAAUCGUAGAUAAAAUCUUACCUUAUGCCGAUGAUAGUGGCAUAAAAUUGGAAUAAAUAAGAAAGGUAACAAACAAAAACCUAAAAAGAAAACACUUUUAACGUAAAGAACAUAAAUCUACAAAUACACCGCUUAAAAGAAAAAAAUCUCUAUAUAAUCUUAUAUACAAUAUAUAUGUAAAUGUGUAUGUAUGUGUGAAUGAGUGAGUGUAUUAGCGUUUAUUUUUAUUUUUGCAAAAUUUUAAAAGUGAUACUUGUAGUAAAGAACAUUUAAAAUUUAUAUUUCGUUUUAAGAGGCUUGGGUUAUUUCUAAUAGAAAAUAUGUUAGUGUUGUUAGUUUUUUUCUGUGAUUUUUUUUUUACUAUCUCCUCCUCUGUGAAAAACUCAAAUUAUUUCCUCAAAAUGUUCCCAAAUGUCCUACAUAAGUUGUAUUUUAUUUAUGUAAUUGAUUUAAAAAAAAAAACAAAUGAAAAUUAUGAGAUUUUAAGGGAUUAUAUUAGAAGUGAUUCUUGUCUUUUUUGAAAAAAAAAUUAUGUAAUUGUUUUGUUAAAUUCACAAGUUAUUGCAAGUUUUAUUUUGUAAGUAGUGUAUUGAUUUUAGUUUUAAGGGUGCAACCAAUUUUGAAACGAUAUUAUAACUAUUGUUUUUAUUAUUGGCAUUUUAAUUAAAAAAUUUCGUAUAGAUAUUAACCUAUACGAGUAAUAAUACAUACAUAUAAAUGAAAAUAUGUAAUUUAAAUACAUAUUACAAUUUAUUUUAAAACAAAUUUCAAACAUUUACACACUCACUAUAACCUUCAUUGAUUAUCCUCAUCGUCCUAUAUUACAUAAUAGUUUAUAACCAUGUGUGUGUUGCGCUAGAAAAAAGCCUAAUUUUUACUCAUAAACAAUUUUUUUUUUAAAUUGUUUUCAACACAACAGAUCGAAAUAAAUGAUAAACUCUCGAACGCCCUUUUUAAUAAGUAAAAAUAACAUUUGUAAUUUUCUUAAAAAAGAACUAGUGUGGUAUACAUACAUAUAUAAAAACAUAAUUGAGGUGGGUUUUAAUUAUUUUCAAAUAGUUUAAUCUAGCAUAGUAACCAAAUGACUGAUUCAUUGAAAUAUUUUACUUUUUCUAAUACAAAAAACACCAACAAUGUUGUAACAAAUAAAAAAAAUUGCAAAAUAAUUAUGACAGAACUGCGAUAAAAAAAAAACAUUUAAACAUUGUUCGUAUUAGAUACAGUCGGUCAACAACUCAAAUAUUAUAAUUUUUAUGUUUUAUGUAAAAAAUUUGUAAUUUUUUCUUGUUUGAAAUGUUAAUCAUCAUGUUAAUAGUUAAAUAGCUUUAUUUCUGACAAAAAAAAAAUUCUGUAAAAAAAAUAUUUUUAUUUUCUAAAACAGUUUUUUAUAUUAAAUAAGUUUGAACACAGCUUACCGGUAAAUUGACAAUCUUCGGUCCAAUCAGACUCGUGACCCUUUGUUGAUUAAAAAUAUUAAAUUUUGUAUUAUUUUCAAUUAUUUAGCUAAUUGUUAAAUUUAUUGUCUAUUUUAAAUAUAGUAUCUUUUUUAAAUUAAAUUUUUUCAAAUUGUUAAAGUAGUUUCAUUGAUAAUUUUUUUUUCAUCAUAUUGAUGUUUGUUGCCUCUAAUAAAUGCACAUUAAUUAAUGAUUUACCAUAUUAUUUGAAAUAUUAUUAAAAAAAAUUAAGUUGUUCCUUAAGAAAAACAUCAUAACUGCGUAAUUUGUUCUAAAUUUCUCAACCAAUGUUUUAAAAAUAAAUAUGGAAAAUAAUAUUGAAGGUAUUAAGGUCACCAGUUUCUCCCUUGCGAAAAUGUCAAUUGUUACAUAAAAACAACAAAAAUGCAUACCAGCAGUUCUGGGUGACUUACAAGUUAUUGUACCUCCUAUCAUUUAGGGUCACCACUUGUUACAGAGUUAGCUAUGUGAAUAGAGACAUAGAUUACAAUUGAACACUUACCCCCAUUAACACGAAG